GGGGGUGAAGGAGGUCCCACCUUCAUUUCUGCCCGAUUCCUAUUCUUUGACACCACAGAUUACCUUUAUCGGGGCAGGAUUAGAGUGACGCUAUCUGGAUGCUAUUAUGUUUAAUAAGCCUUUUUAGCUGUAUGCAAAGCCUUUAGCAUCUAUUGUGACCCUGCACCAGCUGACCGACCUCACCAAAGCACCCAGCUGACCGGCAUCACCAAAUCACCAGCUCUUUUCAUCAGCUGAUCAGCACCAUAGCUCAGUCAUGCUUCGAAAGCUCGCACUCCUUGGAUCCGCCCUUGUGCUGUUAAUCAUAUUGCAAUCCACAGAGUCUACACUGACGAUUGGUUCAUUCGAUAUUGAUCAUCUCAACAAUCAAAAGGCCUCAAAUGCGAAAAUCGUCAGUCAAAUUGUGAAGGUUCUGCGUGGCUUUGACAUUGCCGUUAUCUUGGACGUGAGGACGGCUGAUGCCAUCAAUGUUGUCCUUCAGGCUUUGAACAAACACGAUGGGCCCUACAGCCUGAAGCUCAGUUCCCUCUCUGGAAGAUCGAAUCACGAAGAACAUGUGGCAAUUCUGUACAGAAACGACAAAUUGUCUGCCCCGCAAGUCCGAGCGUUUCCCGACGUUAAUAACAAGUUUGAGUGCGAUCCUUAUGCCGUGUUGUUUCACACCACACACUCCGUUGUCAGCAGCUUUGUCGUUGUGGGAGUUCACUUGAGGCCCAAAAAAACCUUGGAGGAGAUGAACAACCUGGUGAAGGUAUAUGACGACAUGGCCGCGGCACUUCACACACAGAACGUCCUGUUUGCGGGAGACUUCAAAGCCGACUGCACGCACAUGACAGAAGCUCAGUUUAAGAACUCCUCACUUGUCACAGACCAUCGCUUCACUUUCCUCAUCGACAUGAAUGUCGACACCACGGCCAGCGACAACACCAACUGCGCCUACGACAGGUUUGUGGUGGCCGGAAGGGAGCUGACAGCAGCCGUGGUUCAGGGCAGUGCGCGGGUCAUCAACCUCUCCAAAGCCCUACACCUGACCACCGAUGAGGCUGAGGCAGUCAGCGAUCACUACCCCAUUGAGAUGAAAAUACAUUAGAACAUUUAGCUCCUCCAUCAAGCUUCGCUGUGUCAUGUGACAGCAAACACGAUCCCCCAUGAGUCAUCAAGUUGCGACAAACACCAGAAACCAGAACGCUCCCUGAAAUUAAAGUGUUUUGUCUCCGACGUCUUAACUGUUUUUUUGUUUGUAAAGCAUUUUAAGCACAACUUUUCCCAUUCCUUGCCCACGUCGGCUACAAGGUGUCCACCAACCCCUUGAAGAAACAAAUGACAUUUCAGCCAACCCUAUUUUUGCACAAUGAUGCUCCUCUAUUUCCUAUUUUUGUUUUUCGAAAACACCUUUGUGAAGCUUUCAGUCUCUAAUUCUCUUUACUGAUGACAACAGCGCACUGGGACAAUAUUCGAGAAUGUAGUUA